AUGAGCUACCUGUUUCUUCCCCCUCCACUCCUUAACUACCUUCGCACCUUCACUUCCCACCCCGCUCUCCUCAAAAUAAUAACAUCAAUCCCCGCUUCUCUUUGUCUCUCUCUCUCUCUCUACAGAUCUCCGCUUCUCUUUGUCUGUCUGUCUGUCUCUCUCUCUCUACAGAUCCCCGCUUCUCUUUGUCUGUCUCUCUCUCUACAGAUCCCCGCUUCUCUUUGUCUGUCUCUCUCUCUCUCUCUACAGAUCCCCGCUUCUCUUUGUCUGUCUCUACAGAUCCCCGCUUCUCUUUGUCUGUCUCUACAGAUCCCCGCUUCUCUUUGUCUGUCUCUACAGAUAUCCGCUUCUCUUUGUCUGUUUGUCUGUCUGUCUGUCUCUCUCUCUACAGAUCCCCGCUUCUCCUUGUCUGUCUCUCUCUCUACAGAUCCCCGCUUCUCUUUGUCUGUCUGUCUCUCUCUCUCUCUCUACAGAUCUCCGCUUCUCUGUCUGUCUGUCUCUCUCUCUCUCUCUACAGAUCUCCGCUUCUCUUUGUCUGUCUGUCUCUCUCUCUUUCUCUACAGAUCCCCACUUCUCUUUGUCUGUAUCUCUCUCUCUCUACAGAUCCCCGCUUCUCUUUGUCUGUAUCUCUCUCUCUCUCUCUCUCUCUACAGAUCCCCGCUUCUCUUUGUCUGUCUGUCUCUCUGUCUGUGCAGAUCCCCGCUUCUCUUUGUCUGUCUGUCUCUCUCUCUACAGAUUUCCCCCUCUCUUUCUCUAUGUAUCCCCCAAGACCCUUCUCUCUUUGUCUAUCUGCUCCGUUUCCCGUCCCUCUUUGAUACUCUCUCACUGUCUUUUGUUGACAAUGUAUUAAAAAGUGCGAUGUCCUGUGUCCUCUUGACAGAGAAGAGAUCGAAUUUCUCUCUCUUUUCGACUGCACCUGAUUUCCAUUUUUUUUUUUUCACUUGUUUUGUCAUUUUCUUUUACUUACUCUUUUUCCUUCGGAAAUGA